GCGACCAGGAAGUUGACGCUCGGAUGAGAGUGGAGGAGACGGUUCUCUUUUGGCAAAUAAAAGUAGCUUCUCGCCCACAUGACUUUGUCAAAGUUUCAGAAUUUUAUUGCCAGAACCUUAUUGUAACAUCUCCACCGUGAGUCCAGGAUGUCUGAGUCCAUGAGAGCCAGUUCAGCGCCAAGUUCAUCGAGGCCGGAGCAAGCACUGGACACCAGAGUGGCGAAACUGAAUUUUCACGUCCCAGUGGAGAGCAGAAAGACAAAGCUACCUCCUGUCAACAACCAGAUCAUCCCAGAUGAACUGCUGGUCAGCCUUACCUCCACUGUCUGCAACAGGAGCACACUGGGGCACACUGCACACCAUCGGCACUGCAAGGGCUGUGGAAUCGGACGGCCGGAUGCAGUCUGGCAUCACCCACUUGGACGUAAGAAAUACAAAUACUUUCUGGAGCAGCCAACGUCCUUGAAUGGAGCCGGCAGGGAUAUAUCAUUCCUGUGUGAUGCUAUGCUAACCCAGAGGAAGAUAACACCCCUCCCACCACUAACUGACAGGAGUGGCAUUGGCGACACACAGAACUUGAGUGUCUCAGAAAAUCUGAUCCCGGAAGAAUAUCACAUUGUGAAAAACAAAGGGCUGAGGAGCCUUGAGUUCUAUGAGGAUGCAUUCACAGUGCAGCUGCAGGAUGAUGAGCAGAAGCUACGGGUCUUCCCUUCACUGAAGCCCAGUGGCAGACUGGAAGUGGUCCAGCUGAUGAGGAUGAUGGACGACAUGCUGGUGAAGGCCGGAGUGGAUCAGCAGAGUGAGGAGCUGACUGAGCUUUCCCAGAUGGAGGGUCUGCUGGAGCUCGUGCAGGUUGAGCAGAACAUCUACAACAUUGUUUUCCAUGAACUGAUCAGGCAGGUCAGCGUGAGCUGUGCUGAGAGAGGACAGCUGCUUGCCAAACUCAGACAGCGCUACCAGUCCCUGCUCGAGCGAAUCCCCCACCGUCUGAAGGCUCUGCACACUGAGGCAGUGGCACAGCGGGCUCUGGACCGCCGGCUCACAGAGGAGAUCCACCGCAUCAAGACAUCUAUCCAGCAGCUCAGCACGGAACUGUCCAGAAUCAGAGACCACGAUGCCCUUGUUUCCCAGCAGACAGAGCACGCUCAUCAACAGCUGGCUGGGGCACUCGAUCAGACUCACACCAACACAGAUGUGGUCCAGGGUUACCACGAGCUGUAUGAACUGCAGAGGGGUCGCCUUGAGGCUCAGCUGCUCCAGAUGACUGAGGAGAGAGACUACUGGAGCCAGCUCACCUUCUGUCUUGCCCUCAAGGUGAUCAGUGUGAAGAAGCUGCAGCCGAUCAGUCGGCUGCACAUCAGCGAGGAGAGCUGGUCCAAGACAGCAGAGCACUGCAGGCUUUACGUUGCUUCAAAGGACAUAGAGGACCUGAAUAUCAUCAUGGAGCUUAGUGUCUACUGGAAAGAGCAGCUGACAGCUUUCAUGUCCCAGCUGAAGAAGACUGAGCAUGCUCAGUGUGAACAGAUCAGUGCCAUCCAGCAAGGCAUCACCAAGUGGCUCACCUUCUGCUCCACACAAAACAAGUGUCCAGACCCAAAAUAUGAGAAAGUUUCAUUGGAAAAAAUUCAUGCUGAUUUGAAGCAGUGGUCAAAUAGUUUGGCUCUCCAGUGUGAGCGCUACCAAGGUGAGAAGCUGCUUUGCUGCCAGCAGACACUGGCCGAGCUUCACUGUGUCCAGGAAAGAUGGCUGAAUAUGAGCCUUGAGCUGUUCAGAAGACACCCUUCUCCCGAUGGUGAACUCCCUGCAGGCCAGCAGGCCCUAAGAGAGCUGGACAGGGUCCUAGCUGAGCUCCUCAAACAGCUGGACACGCAAGUCAGUGGAGAGAGUGGGAUCCAUGGACAGAUCACGUCACUGCUCGGGUUGAUGGAGUCCUGGGUUUUCAAGCUUUGUGCAGUGAUUGGCUCACCAGAAAUGAUGCCUGUCUCUGAUUGGCUAAAGCUAGAGAAGGCACUGUGCAAUUGGCAAAGUUUGGCUGAAGAAGCCUUGCAGAACUUCUCCAGCAUGCAGAGAGAGAACGAAAAGGACAAAAACAAGGCUGAUAUAUAUACAGAGACAGAACAGGUGUUAGACAAAGUGCAGGAGUUCAUAACCAGCCUUUCCAACUUCACUGAUGGUGAGAACCAGAGACUCGGUGAGGAGGUCAGUUCUAUUCAUGUGGCUCAGACCCGCUGGAUUUUGGAUCUGUUGCUCCUCAUGGUACCUGACCAUAGCGAGGACCAGAACCAAAAACAGGAACACCACUACAUUUUGAACAUCUCAAUACAGACACUGGAUGAGGAUGCCAAAAUGCUGGCUGAGAAAAGGGACUAUUUUUCCAGAUACAUCACCAGCACUUGCAAGCUAAUUCUUGAGGAGCAGAUUCUGCAAAACCCACGUGAAGUUGAGGGUGAAAAGGAGAUGGAUGAGUGCAGAAAGCUGCAGAGGGAGUGCAUUGAUUGUGUGGAGACCUGUAUAAUCCUGCUCUCAGGAGUGAAAGGUGGUCCUGUGGAGCUGCCUGUCAGACACGCUGACCCCGCUUCCAGCUGGGAUGUCCCAGUCUCUCCAGCAGACAGCAUGGAGACUGUGGUAAACAAAGAGGUUUCAGCAGAGCCUACAGCAGACAGUGAGGUCAAAGAUGAGACUGAGGCAGAACCAAGAGAGUGCACUGCUGAAGGACAUGAAACACGACAAGAGGUUUGUCAGGGGGAGCUAAUGGUUUGUGAUAGUCCAGUGGUGAAGCUGAUUGGCUAUGAUGGAGACAUUACACAAAGAAAGCUGGGAGAGAGCCGUGUCCACCUGAAUGGGACUGAGGAGCUGGUUGUGUCUCCAGUGACAGAUAAAGCCCAUAAAGCUUUUAGUGAUCUGACCACAGUAGGAUUACUGCAGCAGGAACUGCAUGAUUCAGAGCUGCGGGUCCAGAGUGCCGAGCAGCGCGCCCUGAAGGCUGAGGAAGCCCUGCAGGCAGCAUUGGAGAACAUUCAGAACCUGGAGAGACAACUGCAGGGUCGGCCCAGUCUGGAGCCCAAAAGUAGUGAAGAAAAAAAGAAAACGCCACCACCUUCCCCACCACCAGUAACACCCCCAGCUCUGCCGCAGAAAACCACAGCUGAAGCCAAACCAACAAGCAGCACCAAAAGGACCAAGAAACGGUGACCUGACAUGUGAUCAGAUGGUGUUACAACUUUGUAUGUUUGUAUGGUAUGUCCAGUUAUCACUUUUAGGUUUUUAUGUUUCAUGUAUUUUCUCUGUUGUAACAAUAUCAGAGAGGAACUCUUCACCUGCACUCCAUCACAGUCACACCCAUAAAACCAGUAAAGGACACAGAAAUAAAAAACAAGAAUAAACAAAAAGCUUAAUUUAUAAGUGCUGCCCUCAAGUAUAAAAUAUUUCCAGUAUCAGGAGGUUGUCCAAUAUUCAGACUGCUUGGCUGUUGUAUGAGGAUGAAUAUAAUGGCUUGCUGUGGUUUUGUUUAACCUUGGGAUAUGUCUUUGACUCCAUGUAAAGGCAAAAAAAUAAAGUUUCUGCAGACAUUUCAAAAA